GCAAACGAAUCAGAGCAUGAGAGAAUUAUUUUCUCUGAUGUGAUGAUAACAAGAAAAAGAAACCUCUUCUGGGGACGAAAAUGGAGGACCCUCGACGUUAGAAUGGCCUCUGGGAUUUUCUCUCUACAUGUUUUGGCACUUUUUGCUCCAUCUACGUUCAGUUGGGAUGCUUUUCGGUAUGCAAUAUUGUUUUAUUUUUUAACUGGAAUGUUGGGUGUUACCAUGUGUUACCAUAGGGUUUUAGCGCACCAUAGUCUCAAGCUACCCAAAUGGCUCGAAUACACGUGUGCUUAUUUAGGAGUUCAAUCUAUCCAGGCCUGAUUUAAUCCACUUUUUAUUCGAUUUUCUAAGGUUAAUGUUUCUGGGCCCUUCAUUUGGAUAUAUGUUAUUGUACAUUGGCUUGUAAUUCUAACAAAAGACUCGAUGGCUUUUUUUUACACAUGUAGAGGGAUCCAAUAUAUUGGGUGAGUAUUCAUAGGUAUCAUCAUCAAUAUGUUGAUUCGGAGAAAGAUCCACAUACCCCCACUUACGGAUUUUGGUUUAGUCAUAUGGGUUGGUUAUUUGACAGCGGCUAUAUCAUGGAGAAGUACAACAAGCGUAAGAAUGUAGAAGAUUUAAAAAGCCAAGCGUUCUAUAGAUUCAUCAAAAGGACGUACAUGUGGCAUAUAUUUGGAUUUGGCAUAUUCAUUUAUGCUUGGGGUGGUUUCCCAUACCUUGUUUGGAUUUUGGGUGUGAGGACCACAUUGGUUUACCACAUGACUUUUCUAGUAAAUUCAGCAUGCCAUAUUUGGGGAAAUCGAGCUUGGAACACCAAUGAUUUGUCUAGAAAUAAUUGGUGGGUGGCAAUGGUUACCUUUGGAGAAGGGUGGCAUAAUAAUCAUCAUGCUUUUGAAUACUCAGCUUGACAUGGUUUGAAAUGGUGGCAAAUUGAUCUAACUUGGUAUUUAAUUUGCUUUCUUAAAUCAGUGAGAUUAGCCACCAGUGUGAAGUUGCCGACUCAAGCUCAGAAGCUUAAGAAAUCGAUUGCUUGUGAUAGCAAAUUAAAAUGAUCUUUCAACACUUCAC